AAAAUGCAUGCACACGAUUUGUUCCGUAUUUUCAAACAUUUGAGUCAGCUGAGCUUGAUGAGUGGAAGUGAAAAAAUCAGUUUUCGUAUCUCUACGUCGGCGCCUUCACCUGCUACUGGUUUCCUUCGCCGUGUACCGCCAUUCAGACAUUCUGUCUUGCUGAAUGGCGUUUGGAAAAUGGGAAUGGAAAGCACUAGUGUCCGAUUACUUGCCAUUCUAACAUGUUUGUCCGUAGUUCCGUUCGUAGUGGCGGAGCUGGGAUUCUACGAAGCGCUAGGAAUCCAAAAGGACGCCAAUGCUCGCGAAAUACGAAAAGCAUUCAAGCAGGCGGCUCUAAAAUAUCAUCCUGAUAAAAAUGAUGAGCCUGAUGCUCACGCAAAGUUUCUGCGUAUCAGCAGGGCAUACGAGGUAUUGAAAGACGAUGACUUGCGGCGCAAGUACGACCUUCAUGGUGAGGCUGGGUUGAAUGACAAUGGAGGUCACGGAGGCCAGUAUCAAAGCUGGACCUAUUACAAGCAGGAUUUCGGACUGUAUGACGAUGAUAUAGAGAUCGUGACGUUGAGUGCUUCAGACUUUGAUCUGCUGGUGUCCUCAUCCAAUGAUACGUGGUUUAUUAAUUUCUAUUCACCCGGCUGUCCACCGUGUCAUCGACUAGCACCGACUUGGAGAGAAGUGGCGCGUGACAUCGACGGCAUUGUGCGCGUCGGCGCCGUGAAUUGCCAGGAUGACAAUCAGCUGUGCCGCGAGCAGGGCAUCACCUCUUACCCGAGCCUGGUGCUGUUCCCGCAACAGGGAGAGCGGUACCGUGGUGACCGAUCGCGCGACGCUCUUGUCCAGUACGUCAUGCAGCGUGUGCACCUGACCGUGCCUCACUUGAGCACGGGUGAGUUCUUCGAGAGCACGACGCUACCGUGGUUAGUGCACGUCUGUGCGCCGGAGAAUGACGACGCCGACUGCCUUUCGGACACGACCAUGCUGCGUUUGACCGGCAUGUUACGCAACCUGAUGAACGUCGGCUAUCUGAACUGCGACCAGCACCCGGCACUGUGCAAGCAGCAUCAAGCGGUCAGCGGAACAACCGUAUACUUUCCCCGGAAAUCGGACAAGGCAGCAACGAGCCCUGUGGAGCUGUCGCCGUCACUGGAUGCUCGUGAGAUCAGUGGUGCCGCGAUUUCGCUGCUACCCAGGGCACGUGUUUUUACGGAGAAGUCCUUCCAAGCAGUGCGCAGUCGCAUUCAGGCUGAACCUGUCCUCAUCCUGUUCGGCUCGGCGGAGAGCGUCGCCCAAGACAACGAGGUUAGGAAGCUGUCGCUACUGUUGGACGACAUGGAGGUUGGUAUUGUGGACUGUGCUGUGCUGGGUGCGGUAUGCAGCGACUACCAUGUUACCGAUGAGGCCACUCUUCUCCUGAAAGCCACCGGCCACGAGAUGUUCUACGGCAAACGGCAAGCAUUGGACUUAGCAGCUUUCGCUCGCGAGAGUGCACAGAGCUCGGUACGUGCACUCGGUCCGGAAGAUUUCCCCCGCCCGGUUGCGAAUGGUGAAACGCCGUUUUUCGUCGAUUUCUUUGCUCCGUGGUGUCCGCCAUGCCGUCGCCUGCUGCCGCAGUUUCGCAAGGCGGCGCAGGGCAUUGCUUCGGUCAAGUUUGGAACGGUGGACUGCGUGGUGCAUGGUACGUUGUGCCGUCAGUACAACGUCCACUCGUACCCGACAACGAUCCUCUUCAACGCCAGCACGCCUCAUCAGUACUCUGGCGGCCACAGCUCUGGUGAGAUUGUGGAGUUUGCCGAGGACGUUCUGGUACCCAGCGUGAUUGAUCUCAGUCCGGAGUCAUUCAAACUGCUCGUCGAGAAGAGAGAUCGUAAAACCACAGUUCUGGUGGAUUUCUACUCGCCUCACUGCGGACCUUGUAUUGAGCUGGCCCCGGUUUGGAACAAGCUGGCAAAGCUUGUCAAGGACGACAUGCCUGUGGCCAAGAUAGACUGUGCUAAGUACAGAUCAUUUUGUCAGGAGCAAGGCCCCCGCGGCUAUCCGACCAUGAGAGCGUAUCCUAUGGGCCACACUGGCAAAUCUCAUUACCAGGACUAUCAGGGCUGGCGAAACCUGCCCUCGUUGCGCAGCUGGGCACUGUCGUUCUUGCCACGCUCGUCCGAAGAUCUGGACAGUAACACGUUCACGAGUCACGUCCUCAACCGUCACUAUCGUCCCUACCUAGUUCUGUUCUCGGCGGGGCAUUGGUGCGGACCGUGCCAGCAAUUCCUUCCUGUGUUUGAGCAACUUGCACGGCGUAUGGAGGAUGAGCGCUACAUAAUAGGCUUUGGUGUACUCAACUGCGAUCAGCAUCGUGGCGCUUGUGGACAGGCACAAAUUCACCAGUACCCCAUGCUCAAGGUCUACGAAGGUGACGAACGCUAUGCGCACACUGGUCUGCCCAUUCACUCACAGCAUCCCGACGAGAUCUACAACGCCGUCAUUCAGAAUGUGCACAGCCUCCGACGGAAACCUAAGAAAGCGAAGUCGUCGCAGGCCAAGGAUGAGCUCUGAGAGCAAGUGAACCAAUUGUGAAACUAGACUUAUUCUCCUGUCAAGCCACUCCCUGCUUGAAGCAAGAAGAUGAAAGUUGUAAUACAUCUGCCAUGAGAAAUAACUUAUGCUGAGAGAAUUGCCUGACUUGAUGCAGAUGCUGAUAGCCAACACUAAUUUAUUAUUUCUCUUUUAUAUUAACGCUGACAAGCUGAUCAUGACCAAAUCACUAUUUUUUUUAUGCCACAACAGUAUUCCAACCCCACAAAUUUCUCUUUUUUCAAAGCGUUUUAUAGCGGGCAAUAUUUUAGAUUUUUAGAACUUCCCGGUGUGCGGUAUAUUUUGCCCGUCUACUAGAAAACACCGAUGCGCCAGCUAUACUAUGUGCUGCUGCCGAAUUCUGCUUGUUAGUCUGGCUUAUGUGGAGAACAUACAUGUAUAAUUAUUAUGUUGCUGAUGUCCUUUGGACUGGCGCGAGGCCUUGCUGUAUGAUAUUUUUUCGCAUGCUCAAAAAAUCUCUUUUUGAUAGCAAAUUUGUAUUGGCCAGCCAGCAUCCGAUCAUAACUGUGUGUACGUGAAGUGAUGAAUACUAGUACAGACCAGUCACA